AUGGUUAAGAGUCCUGAUAAUAAGAUCACAGACAUAGGUACUACUAAUGGGAAAAAGGAGAGCAAAGGUCGAAGAAGGGUUGAAAUCAAGAGAGUUGAAGACAAGAACAAGCGUCACGUGACCUUCUCCAAGCGCAAAAGGGGUCUCUUCAACAAAGCCGCGGAGCUCAGCGUUUUUACUGGUGCAGAGACGGUUGCCAUUGUCGUGUCAAGCAAUGGCAAGGUUUUCUGCUUCGGAAGCCCCUCACCUGACACCGUCAUCAAGCGCUACCUUAGUGACAAUACCUUCUUACUACCUGCAGGUCAACCAGAUAAUCAUCUCCAAAACAACAACAUUCACCAUUCGAGUAAUAAGAAACAAAUAAAGGAUUAUGUGGAAGCUUCGACACGCUUAAAGGAAGCGAAAGUAUUGAAGGGUGGGAAGAAAAAUUAUAGUAAUAAUAAUGGAGGAGAUGGAGGAGAUGGAGGAGAUGGAGGUUGUUCUUAUGGGUGGUGGGAGAGGCCAAUUGGGAUGAUGACUAGUUUGGAAGAGUUGGAAGAGUACAGGGAUGCUUUGUACAAAUUGAAACACAAUGUGGAGGUUCGAACGAAUCAGAUGAUCCGGGAAACUAGUCCUUCCACUCACUUUUCCCCGCUUUUGUUUAUGGAUGAUAUCUGGAAUUCUCCUGAAUUAAGCCAUGGUCAAGGGUGCAUGGCACCAGAAUUUAAUUUCUUCAUAUGA